GUGUUUGAGGGCACGGAGGCGAGACCAGGCCGUUGUUUUUCUCCAGAAACAGCAUUCACUCGAGGUGCCAUCGCUCCAAUGGCCCGGCCACCCUCUCUUCUGCUCUCAGAAAGUAAUGCACCAACUAUCAAGUCCAUUGGGAAAAAGGAGCCCUCGGGGUUUCUUCUCAAUGCCCCGAGCAACCAGAUUUUUCCUAAGGCGCCGUUUGAUUGUUCACACUUCAGCACGACCUACAAAAGCUCGUUUUGUCACGAUGACGGUUCUGACGAGUCCGUCUCCGGCCUUAUCGGCGCAAGAAGCAUCUGCGGAAAAAGGGACAGCAGCUACAGCCGCCGGGACAUGGACAGGUUCAUCUUCUCAUGCUGAGAAGGUAACUGCAUGGAUUUAAAAAAAAAACUCUAGGGCCUCUUGUUAACACCACUCUGUGUGACUUGUGCAGAAAUAAAAAAACUCGUUAUGAGCAAAUCCUGGAAAACCUUCAGAAUUUCCUGGUCUGUGUUGUUUCACGACGGUCCUGUCAAAAAAAUAGCUCACUUCCACCGCUUUGUUUAGUCCGUUCUGUGUGAGCGGAAAAGCUGCCAUUGUGACGUGAGUUGUGUUAGAGCCAAAGAGGCGGUGAAGGAGAUGGCGCUUUGUCUUUUCCUCGCCGUUACCGGAGGAUCCAGUGUCCAAAGGCGUCACAUUGUGUGCCUUAUAGCUCCGUGCCACUAUACACAUGUUUGUCCGCUCUGAGGCACACAGAGUCAAAAACAUGAGGACAG